UUUUCACCUGCUGCGUUCCCACGCACGCACACUCCCACACACACAGUUCUAUCUGUAAGUGAAACACACUCAGAGGUUUCUGUCACUCUGAGUUAUUCAUCCACCAACAUCAUGACUGGAAGAGUUGUUUUUCUGGGACUUCUGCUCAUCUGUGUGGCUGCAGAUGCUGAGAAGAACUCUGGACUCCUGAGAAAGCCUUCCUGCCCUGACAUGGAGAUCGUGGCGUGUCCUCUGAACCUCGCUCCUGUGUGUGGCAGCGAUGGAAACACCUAUGCCAACGAGUGUACCCUGUGUGCAGAGAGACAAAUGACCAAAAUGGACAUUUUAAUUGCCAAAGAGGAGAGCUGCUGAUCUGCGCAGGAGAUGAAUCAGGAUCUGACUAUCUACCCAACAUGGAUCUUUAAAAAGACCUGAAUGUCUGUGUCAUUGCAAUGAGUAAUAAAUGUCCAUAA